AUGCUGUCUACUUUCGCUUCAGUAAAACGAGCAACCGUUUCGGUGACAAGAAGACCAGCCUUCUUAUCAGCCGCAGAGAGGUAUUUUAGUGAUGAAGGACCCAAAAAGGCCGUGCGCAAAGUGAAGAAGAAGCCAAAGAAAUCCACACAGGAGACUGGUGGACGUCCAAAAGACUUGGAGAUUAUUCUGGCAGCCUUGGACGCUCCCUUUACAAAAGCACCACCCGCGGAUAAAGAAGAAAUGGCAAGGAGAGAACAAAUAUUAAAGAACUAUACAGUAGGGAAGUUCAAGCAACAUAACCAAGAGAACCAUGAUUUGGCAUGCAAAUUGACAAUGAAGAAACACGCCAUUAAGAUGCUGCCGAAAGGCUCGGAACUGAAGAGAAAGGCAUUGGAAGUUGACAAUGAAGGGCCACCAAGAUGGAGAAACAUUCCUUUGUGGACGCCACCCAUCCCAAAUUUCAAUUACAAAGACUACACUACCCUUGAUGAAUAA